AGGGAAAAAGGCUGUCGUGAAUUUCCCUCCACGUUUUCUUCAAUCAACCAAAGUAGCCAUGGCAAUGGCGGUUCGCACCCCGUCACCCUUCGGCUUUCAGUUUAAACUUUUCCGUUUAUCUUCCAAUCUCACCCCAUUUCCUCACUUGAGUUCCAAAUCCCAUCAAAUUUCAAUCCCUUUCAAGUUCAGAUUGACGCAGUGCGCCAAGAAAGAGGUGAAACCCGCCGCCGACCCCAAGCUCGGCGUCGCAAUAUACAAGCCGAGGUCUUACGAUGUCCUGGUAUCUGACGCCGCAGAUUCCCUGUCUUACGCUCUAAGCGACGGGAAGACUCGCGUAGAAGUUGAAUUCCCGUAACUCUAUUGCUCCUAUUUAUCCUCUAUCUGUUAACAUAUUUUGCGAUUUUUAUUUCUAUUAUCUUUUUUUAAGUAGCUUUUAAUCCUUCCCUUUUAAGUGUGAAGACAAGUUUACAAUAGGUUUACAGUUCUCUCAAGUCUCAAAGCUUAAACUUCUCUGGCACAAAGGAAGUAUUUGUUAGUUUAAUUGGCUCUGCAUUUAAAAAAAAUACUAUCACUCAAAAUUUAAUGUAUUUCAUUGAAGAAUUCAAACAUGACAAUUUCCAACGGGGCAGAGGGAGUUAUAUUAUUGUCCUUAUUUUGAUGCAAAGUAAAUACAAGUAUAUUUUGGUUCCAUAUCCCUUGUGCCUUUGUGUAGUAAAGGAAAAUAAUUUUAAUGUAUUCUAUAGAAUCAAACUUUGAUGAAAUGAACGUGCCAAAUGCCAUGAGGGAAACUUGAGGCUGAGAAUCACAAUCCCAUUCAUACCCAAAUCAUGAGUGCCAGAUGUAGUCUUAAAUGUCAUUCAAUUUAUUUUUUCUAUGAUACAGUUUUAUAAUCUCAAUUACCUAGACUUCAUUAUUGAUUAUGCUUCUUUGUGGGGUUUCUUCUUAUGUUCCAACUCUUCAACGAUCCUCAGCCCCUUGCCCAGCAACGUUUCUUCGUAUAAGGGAUCAUCAGAUGAGUUUAAUGAUGCCAACGUUCAACUUGUAUUGGCUAUUGUCAAGAAGCUUCAAGAAAAGAAGGAAACAAGGGCUUGCAUUGUAUUUUCUGAUAAGCCGGAAAAGCGCAGGGCAUCAACACUUUUCAGAACAGCUUUUGACAUGAUUGAUGGUUUAACCAUUGGGACAUUGGAAGAUGUUCCUAUUGGUCCCAUGAUAACAUUUUUCAGAUCAUUAAGUCGCACAUUGGAUUUUGAUUUUGAGGAAGACGAUGAAGGUUGCUGGCAGUCUGAUAAGCCACCAUCGAUUUAUAUAUUUAUCAACUGCAGCUCUGCUGAUCUUUCUUCCAUAGAGAAGUACGUGGAAAAAUUUGCCAUGGAAACCCCUGUUGUGCUGUUUAAUCUAGAACUUGACACUUUGCGUGGGGACCUGGGGCUCUUCGGAUUUCCAUCCAAAGAGUUGCAUUAUCGAUUUCUUUCGCAAUUCAUCCCUGUGUUUUACAUUCGAACUCAAGAUUAUUCCAAGACUGUUGCUGUGGCACCCUAUGUUUUAAACUAUAGUGGAGCUCUACUUCGUUUAUACCCAGGCCCGUGGCAGGUGAUGUUGAAACAAACAGAUGGUUCUUUUGCCUGCAUAGCAGAGAGUGAAUAUCGCUUCACACUCGGAGAAACCAAGCAAGAGCUGUUGCGGGUCUUAGGUCUUCAGGAGGAGAAGGGAAGCACACUUGAAUUUCUUCGAAGGGGAUUCAAGACCUCGACAUGGUGGGAAGACGAUGUUGAUUUGGAAAAGUCUUCGGCUUGGCGUAGCUGACGUUGAACAGAUGCAACAAUCUUUAUGAGAGAAGAAAUCAGCUUUCUUAAUUCUUGCUUGAGUUCAAAUAUUGUUCUGUCUUGGAAUAUCUUGGAAUAGUGUCUCUUUUGUGGUGGUUUGGGCACUUUAGGUUUGAUGCAAGUGUUGAUGGAAGGCACUUUUGCUUCUUUUUUUUUGUAUCACAGUCGGUGUGUGUG